CAGUAGGCGGUGGAAGCCGAAGGGGGCCUGACAGCGCACGCCAGUGCAAUGUGAGCGGGGGUGGAGGCGGGCUCCUGCACGGGCUCGGCGGCCGGGGCCGGCCAGUCGCGGCCACAGAGCGCCCCGAGGCAGACGAGGACGAGGAGCAGCCCCAGCGCCCCAUCCAGCACGACCCCGACAGACCGAACCAGAACCGAUCGGGUACCCCGUCUCUAGACAGCAUGUCUCUAGUGCCGCUGCUGUUCCGCGACUGGUGGGACGAGAGGACGGACCGCGAGCGUCCGUCCCGGCUGCUGGACCAGCACUUCGGCCUGGGUCUGAACCGGGACGAGCUGGUGCGGGACCUGGUGCCGCCGCCGAGGGCAUCCUCGCUGCUACGCGGCCACUACCUGCGGCCCUGGCACCUGCCGCGCCAGAACUCGGGCAGCUCCAGCCUCGCCUUCGAGAACAACCAGUUCCAGGUGUCGCUGGACGUGCAGCAGUUCGCGCCGGCCGAGCUCUCCGUCAAGGUGUCGGAGCGCAGCGUGCUGGUGGAGGGCUGCCACGAGGAGCGCGCCGACGAGCACGGCUACAUCUCGCGCCAGUUCAAGCGGCGCUACCUCCUGCCCGAGGACGUGGACACGGAGGCCGUGAGCUCGUCGCUGUCCUCUGACGGCGUGCUCACCAUCACCGCGCCCAGCAAGAAGCAGCUGCCCGCCGGCGAGCGCGCCGUGCCCAUCACGCAGACCGGGGCGCCGGCGCUGUCCCCGGCGCCGCAGCCGCCCGCGCCCCACGCCCCCUUCCCCGGGGCCGCCGCUCCCGCCGCCCCCGUCUUCGGCGCCGCCCCCACCGCCCCCGUGACCCCGGGCGGACCUGUCACCACCAACAUUCACAUUCAGCAGGAGCACUGAGCGACAGGGGCGCCCCCAACAACCAUGCCGCGCGCCACACCAUCUUUCUCCGAUAUACCUUUUCUUCUUUUUCUACAAAAACCCCAGUGAAAAAAGUAUUUUUGUAUUAUUGCUUAUUAUGAUUGAAAUAAAUUAAUUUCAGCAAGUUUUUAAAAAAA